GGCAUUCCGAGUUUAGAAUCAUAUCGCCAACAAAUUUCUAAAUUUCGAACAACAUUUAAAAUUAUCUUCGGAUUAUAAUAAAAUCAAAGCAGAAAAGUGAAAGAAAAUUAUACAACCACAAUAUAAUAGAUAUUAUGAAGCAUCAGAAGUCGCAGAGACGAGUGAAACAAUGUUUAGACCUGGUCAAACUAAUAAGGAACAGGCCCAGGCCGCAGCCAUACUAUUUUCAACGAAGCAGCAGCAAUGCUGGGCGAAGCCGCAGAAACGAAAGUAAUUGCUUCUUUCAUAACACGACAAGAAAUUUUCAUCGCUCGUGUAUUUUCAACUGUCAAAAUCUACAUCCUCAAGCACUUGCAUCCAGUCAUUCGUCCUUUCACAUACCGAACUGUGACUCGCGAAUUAAUUGUGACUGCAGUAGCUCCGUGGAAAUCAGCCGACAAAGCAGUAUACUUCCGAAACCUGACGUAGAAUUGUUCAAAUCUGAAUCGGAAGUAACGGUGCUGUCAUACGGUUUAGUUAAUGAUUUAAGCAAAUUCUCAAAUACAACUCCAAAUGCAAAUACAACUCCAAGUACAAGUAAAUUGCCACAGAAAGUGGAAGAAAAUGCAAACCCUAACUGCUCCAAUAACAUGAAAACUGAAACUGAAGAGACUACGCAUGAACUCACAACCAUCGAUGAAGUGUCUACUUCCGAAUCUGCAGCGAAAUCAAACGAAACGAUAUCAGCCGAAGUGAGCAAUGAGGAAAACAUACUCAAUGCCAGUCAAUCAGCGCUAGAAAACGAAGCUACGACAACUGUGGCUGAACCUAACGUUAAUAGACAACCGUCGACGGAUGAAGAAGCGGGCGGCGACGGUCAUCACAAUGACUCUGUCAUCGAAAUCGAGAUAACAUUACUAUCUGAUACAAAUUCGGAGGAAGAGGAUGAGGGCGAGGGUGAAGCUGAAGCUGAAGUUGAUGCUGAAGCCGAUGACGAGACUCCCAUGCCAGUGGAAAGUGGGGAAUGAAAGAUAUAAAACUUUUAAACCAGUGUUCGUGAACAAAAUAUAAAU